UUGAUGAAUGCUGGUGAAUGAUUUUGUUUCAAUCAGGAUGCUGGUGGAACCAAAUCUCUGCCUGUGCCACAGUUUCUGUGUUUCAUCCAAACAACAAAAUCACUUUGUCAGCAUGACGCUACCACAGUAGCCAUGUCGGAAAUUAAAACGUGUGCAUUUUGGAGGGCGGUUGUGGCUGAGACUCUGGGAAUGACCAUCUUUGUUUUCAUUGGCCUCUCAGCUAUAAUUGGAGACCGCAAUAACUCUUAUCCCGACCAGGAGCUCAAAGUGGCGUUUGCUUUUGGUUUGGCCAUUGCCACGUUAGCUCAGAGUAUAGGUCACAUUAGCGGCGCCCACCUGAAUCCAGCCAUCACUCUGGGCCUCCUGGCCAGCUGCCAGAUGAGUUUGCUCAGAGCCUUUUUCUACACGGUUGCUCAGACUUUGGGAGCAGUGGCUGGCAGUGCCAUUGUGUAUGGUAUCAGGCCAAUAACCACAGAUUCACUUGGCAUUAACAAGCUAAAUGAAAUAACCCCGUCUCAAGGUUUUGCUGUAGAGUUCCUGCUCACCCUGCAGCUAGUCCUGUGCGUGCUCGCUGUCACAGACAAAAGACGUGACGUCGUUGGAUUUGCCCCUCUGGCCAUCGGCUUGUCUGUAGGGCUGGGACACCUCGCUGGGAUCAGCUUCACAGGAUGUGGUAUUAACCCGGCUCGAUCCUUUGGGCCUGCAGUUAUACUGGGGUCUUAUGAUGAUCACUGGGUGUACUGGGCAGGCCCAAUGAGUGGCGGAGUGGCAGCAGCUCUUCUGUAUAAUUAUCUGCUGGCACCAACAGAUGAGCCCUUCAGUGAAAAAACAAGAGUCCUGUUCUGCUGUGGCUCAGCACAGCAAAAUGAAAUUCAUCAGCCCCUUUUGAGGGAUGAUGGAGACUGUUCAAGGGAGCAAGUCUGAGUGGAAAUUCCUACUUUAUACUGUCAAUUUGUAUAAAAAAAGAUGCUUUUCAACAUAAAGCAUGAAAUUUUCUGCAGUGCA